AUGUCUAAUUCACUCACCAGUGAAGGCUACAUUCUCGGUCUGGGCAAUCCGCUGCUGGACGUGAGCGCCUCCGUCAAUGAGGAGUUUCUGCACAAGUACGACCUGCAGCCGAACAAUGCCAUCCUCGCCGGUGACCAGCACACCAACCUGUGCAAGGACCUGGCCGACCAGUUCAAGGUGGAGUACAUCGCCGGCGGUGCUGCUCAGAACGCCAUUCGCGUCGCCCAGUGGUUCUUUGCGGAGAAGCGCCGAACUGCCUUCAUGGGCGCCGUUGGCGACGAUGAGUUCGGGAAGCAGAUGCGCACCAAGGCGGAGGAGAACCACGUCAUCGUCUCCUACUUUGUCGACCCGAAGGUGCCCACCGGCACCUGCGCCUGUCUGAUCACCGGGAAGCACCGCUCCCUGUGCGCCUACCUCGGCGCCUCGCAGAAGUUCAACCUGCAGUACCUGAAGGAGAACUUUGCGCUGGUGGAGCAGGCGAAGAUCAUCUACACCACUGGCUUCCACGCCCUGGUCUGCUUCGACGCUCAGCUGCUCAUGGCGGAGCACGUGCACUCGUCCCAGGGCAAGCUCUUCUGCAUCAACCUCUCCGCGCCGUACAUCUCUGACUUGUGCAGCAAUCAGCUGAAGCAACUGAUGCCCUACGUGGACAUUCUCUUUGGCAAUGAGACCGAGGCGCAGGCCUACUCCAACAUGAUGAAGUGGAAUACCAAGAGUAUUCCUGAAAUCACCCAGCUGCUGGCUGAUCAGCCGAGCAAGCGCCCCCGUACGGUGGUGAUCACCCAGGGUGCUGAGGACGUGCUCGUCGCCUUCACUAACCGCGCCGCCGACUUCUGUCGCUUCAAAGUGAGCCCCCUGCCGGAAGCGGACAUUGUGGACACUAACGGUGCCGGUGACUCCUUUGUGGGCGGCUUUCUCGCCUACAAGGCACUGGGCAAGCCACUGGAGCAGUGCGUCAAUGCGGGCAUCUUCGCCGCCCACUCUAUCAUUAAGAUGAGUGGUUGCGCCUUCCCGCCAGAGAACAAAAUGCGCUUGUGA